AUGGCACUCAUGGCUAAACUUCCAAUGAAUGCCGCUUUGGCUACUCAGCAACAUAAGAGUAUGCUCAUUCCAUGGUCUUGUGAAAGAUCAUCAGGCAGUAAUGUCAGUAUCAAUGUUUCCAAAAGGAGAAAAUUUUUGGUUGCGAUGGAAAGAACUCCAGUGCAAUCUACAUCGCAAAAUAUUGGGCUCCCUAUUAUGGUAAAUGGUUGUACUGGAAAAAUGGGGAGGGCUGUUCUUGAAGCCGCUAUCUCUGCUGGACUUCACCCCAUUCCUGUAGCAUUAGGUGGUCCGUUAGAUUCUGGGAAAAUUGUGGAUGUCGGUGGAAAGGAGAUUGAAAUUCAUGGCACGUCUCAAAGAGAAGACAUUCUGUCUUCUGUUUUAACUGAAUAUCCAAAUUUGAUUGUGGUAGACUACACGGUCCCAGCUGCUGUGAAUGAAAAUGCUGCACUGUAUUGCAAAGUUGGGGUACCAUUUGUAAUGGGAACCACUGGAGGAGACAGGGAGCUGCUGUAUAAGACUGUUGCAGACUCAAAUGUUUAUGCUGUGAUCUCUCCACAAAUGGGUAAACAGGUGGUAGCAUUUCUUGCAGCCAUGGAAAUUAUGGCAGAACAGUUUCCUGGAGCUUUCUCUGGGUAUCAUUUACAAGUGAUGGAGUCCCAUCAAGCUAGCAAAUUGGACAUUUCUGGAACUGCUAAGGCUGUCAUAGCAUGCUUUCGGAAACUUGGAGUCUCCUUUGAUCUAGAUCAGGUUCAACUAAUUCGAGACCCCAAGUUACAAAUUGAGAUGGUGGGUGUCCCAGAAGAGCAUAUAUCUGGCCAUGCUUUCCAUAUUUAUCAUUUAACUUCGCCUGAUGGAACUGUUUCCUUUGAGUUUCAGCAUAAUGUUUGUGGACGAUCAAUUUAUGCAGAGGGUACGGUUGAUGCUAUACUUUUCCUUGCCAAGAAGGUUCAAUCGAAAGCAGACAAGCGCAUAUAUGACAUGAUUGAUGUUUUGCGCGAGGUCUCUUCUCAAUCCUUGAGGAUUGGCACUAGGGGCAAUGGCAGAUUUAGAGAAAUUGCUCCUGGAGGCAGCUGGGAGGACAACUGCAACUGGGAGGAACCGCCAUUCUUCUCCACCAUCGAGAAGACGACGAAAAGAAAACCUUCUGGCGCACAGGUUCCUCUGAAGAAGAGGUUGGAUCCCACUGAAAGAGACAAUGACCGUAGUAGUCGGGAAGAUGCUGACGAAGAUGAUGAUUAUGAUCAAGAGCGUGACAGUGAUGACGAUUCUGUUGGGAGUGAUCUGUACAAGGAUGAAGAUGAUCGGGAAAAGCUUUCAAAGCUAACUGAACUUGAACGUGAAAUGAUACUAGAAGCACGUGCUACCAAGAGAAGUGACAGGGAUUUGACUGAGAAGUUUAAAAAAAUGAAGGGUCAAGAUAGAAAAGGGAGCCACCCCACACCACCUACGCGCAGCCUGCGCUCGAAAGCUGAAAGGGCAGGUGCAUUGGAUGAACUAGUUAAACGAAGAAGAGAUGCAAGGGGAGGUUCUGGCGGCCGAUACUCCCCUGUAAAGAGGAGAUCUUUCACCACAGCCACUUUAAAUAGUCCCAGCCGGAGUGGAAGUGGGUCUCAUAGCGAUGAGGAAGAUUCAACAGGGGAUGGUGGAAUGGCUGAUAGUGAUGAUGAGAAGACAUCCGAGUCCAAGACGCUAUCAUUUGAGGAUAUUAAGGAAAUUACGAUUCGAAGGUCAAAACUGGCUAAAUGGUUUAUGGAGCCUUUCUUCGAUGAACUGAUUGUUGGUUGUUUCGUGAGGGUUGGAAUUGGGAAGUCAAGGACAGGGCCUAUCUACAGGCUCUGUAUGGUUCGCAAUGUUGAUGCCUCAGAUCCUGAUAGGCAGUAUAAGCUUGAUAACAAAACAACAUACAAGUACCUAAAUGUUGUCUGGGGCAAUGAAAGCUCUGCUGCCAGGUGGCAGAUGGCAAUGAUUUCAGAUUCUCCGCCUCUCAAGGAGGAGUUUGAUCAGUGGGUUAGGGAGGUGGAACGCAAUGAUGGUCAUAUGCCUAGCAGACAGGAGGUGUUGGAAAAGAGAGAUGCCAUACAGAAAACAAACACAUUUGUCUACUCAGCAGCCACCGUAAAACAAAUGUUGCAGGAGAAAAAGUCUGCCACAUGGCGACCACUAAAUGUUGCUGCCGAAAAAGAUCGUCUCAGGAGGGAGUUGGAAGUUGCCAAAAUGAGGGACGACGAGGCAGAGGUUGAGAGGAUCAAAGCAAGAUUGCAAGAAUUGGAGGCAUCGCGUCAAACCCAGGGUAAAGAUUCAAAGGCAGUUCGGCUGGCAGAAAUGAACAAAAGGAACAGAGUCGAGAAUUUCAAAAAUGCAUCCGAAAAGAAACCCGUGAAUACAAGUUUGAAAGCUGGUGAGGCAGGGUAUGAUCCAUUUUCAAGAAGAUGGACUAGAUCGAGGAAUUAUUACCUGUCAAACUCCGUUGGAGAAGCAGCAGCAGGCGAGAUAAAUGGUGAUGCAAGUGCUGUUCUAGAGGUUGCUAAUAGCAAUGGAGGAGUUAAAGUUUUGGCCGAGGCUGGAAUGGCGGCUACAGCAGCAGCCCUGGAAGCAGCAGCUGAUGCCGGGAAGUUGGUGGAUACAAGAGCUCCAGUCGACCAAGGGACUGAAUCAAACCUUCUACAUAAUUUUGAAUUGCCCAUUUCAUUGGCUGUGCUUCAGAAGUUUGGCGGUCCUCAAGGAGCCCAAGCUGGAUUUAUGGCCAGGAAACAAAGGAUGGAAGCAACUGUAGGCUGUAAAGUUCCUGAGAACGAUGGGAGGAGGCACACGCUGACCUUGACAGUGAGCGACUACAAGAGACGGAGGGGCCUAUUGUGA